AUGGCGGGCCUGUUCAAGAACGUCUUUGGCGGUUCCCAGCCCUCGAACCCAGCCAAGGUUGACGAUGAUUUCGCCGACUUCGUCGAAGCUCCGGAGCCCUCCCCGGCCUCCCUCGUCGCCGGGUCCUCAUCCAUCCCAGCCGUGAACACCCAAGGCGUCACCCCAGUCCCCUACACCAAAUGGUACCGGGUAUGGGAGCGGACCUCGCCGCGAGACUUCAUGCAAGAGGCGACUGUGAUGCCCAUCAUCCUCCUAAUCAUCCUCUUCCACUUCUGGGGCACGCGCAAGAACCGCCGCAAGGCGCGCGACUGGGCGCAAGCUCACGCCUCCGCUCUGCAAAGCGAGUUCGCCGUUGUGGGUUUCGACGGCCCCAGCAGCAGCAACAGUGAAGGACAACCCGACCCCGAGUCUCUCCUCAAGGAACGCUCCGCUCAAGAAUUCGCCUCUUACGCGACCGGUCGUCAGAACGUGGCGUUCGUGGACGUGGCCAUUAAGCUCCCCAAGCGGUACAACCCUGUCACUUUCUGGACGGAGACUGUCCUGGGCUUCUUGUUUGAGAGCUGGUCCCCCCCGACGGAAACCUACGAGGCUACUGCGUACACCUUUGAUGGAAAGGAGAAGGACGUUGUCCCGCUCCCGGCCAACGAUCGCUCUUCCCUGAAGGUCAACAACUCGACCUACGAUGGAUUCAUCUGGGCUGUUGUGCACAAGAACUACAUGCGGAAGUUCCGUCAGGACCGCUACGACGCCAGCAUCACUUUCACCAGGGAUAACAACAAGUUGCCUAACUGGGUUACGGUCAUGACGGAGAGUGCGGAGAUCACGGAUGCUUUGCUCACGAAUGAGCUGGCCCAGGCUAUUGAGAAGGCCGGCAAUGACUUCAAGUACUUGAUUGUUACUGACCAGCCUGUUGAUAAGCCCAUGAAAAUCGAGGAAACCACCCCCCGCAAGCGCAUUGAACUGUCCGUCACUCUCCCCAGCAGCGCCGAAGGCUACAGCACCACCCUGCCGCUCUUCACGCAGUUCCUCCGUUUCGCCGACCGUCUCGUCGGCUCUGCCCACUUCCGCCCCGAAGUGAUGCGCAAGGUGCGCAGCACUCGCGACGAGGAGAUCAAGAAGCUGCGUCGUGCGGAUGAGGAGGAGAAGGCCGAGGAGCGCCGACUCGCCGCUGAGAAGGUCAAGAAGGAGGACAGGGAACGUCUCCUUCGUGGUAUGUCUGCGGAUGAGCAGAAGAAGUACCUGGAGCGUGAGCAGCAGAAGGAGCACCGUCGGAUGAUGAAGAAGAGUACGCGUAGGGGGUGA